AUGGCUUCAAAGACAUCAUCUCGAUCCAAGCUGUCAUCGGACAAGAACAAGAGCAGCAUCAACGACAACAACAGUAACAUAUCUUCCACCAACAACAAUAGCAACAACAAUAACAAUAAUAACAACAAUAGUAACAACAAUGAUAGUGUAGUAAGAACUAAAGACAAUGAAUUCUUGAAUAAACUUAUAAAGAGUGGAGAUGCGAUAAAGUAUAUGUAUGAGUUGGUGAAUGAGAAUGAACCGAUAAGAGUGUCUACAUCAUCGUCAUCACUGUCAUUGCAAGAUGAGCCGACCGAUCUGCUCAAUCACCCGCAAAAGUUGGAGGUCUACUUCACAUCACUGGUCGACGUGCUGGUCGAUCUCAAGAAGCACCUUAGCAACACGGUCAAGACUGAGCUCAAGCGAACGUCUGGCGUCGAUAUCAUGUCGCUGAGGAAUGAUGUACUGGCAUUGGACGAGCAAAAGAAUGCCACGAUCAAGGCAGUCAAUCAGCCGGUGGAGGGCGUCAUUGCCAAGGUCCAGUCGAACGUCAACUAUGACCAACAACUCAAACAGCGAUUGCAAUCAAUCGACGAGACACUGGGCGUGCUGGACUACUUUGAGCGCUAUCACUCACUCUCCUCACAUUACACGCUGGCGUACGAUCAACACAACUAUAUGGAGGCCACCAGGCUGCUGCUCGAGAUGGAGUCGACGCAGAAGCAUCUGCCCGAGCACUUGAUGAACAAUCAUCCAUUCCCCAGGAUCAUCCCAACGCUGCACGAUCAAUUCAAAAAGAGGAAGAACAAUCUCAAGACAUUGCUACUUGAUCACUUUACCAACGCGGUGAUGAUCAACCGCUCAGAGGUGGUGCUCAACACCAACUCGCACGAGUUGAUACAGUCGCUAAAGAAGCUGGGUCUUCUCAACUCUGUCAUCACAUCAGUGUCUGCUCAGUUGUUCAACAUCCUCGUGUCACCAUUCCUCAAGGCAACCAAAGUGUCGCUCCAGUCCACCCAUUCACUCCAAUGUGGCACGACGACCAAUGGCAACAAGAUGCACUUCCUAAUCGAUCCUCUGUUGGACAACAAACAAUCAGUAUCAAUUGAGAGUAUAUACCAUGUCCUGCAGGACUUGUUCACAUUCAUUUAUAAACAUCUGUUUGGAUCGGAGAAGGAACUAAUGGAGAAGGUUGGUGAUGAGAUAUGGUGCGACACUCAAUCAAUCAUCGAACAAAGUAGUCUCAGAUCACUUGUACCAAGUGAUGCCACUCACUUACCAUUGUUCCAGUCAAUCCAAAAGCAUACCAAAGAGUUUGAAUCACACAUGGCCGAUAUUGAGAAGAAGAGGGAUCAUUUGUUGUAUUGUGCCCGAGAGAUAAUUGUAAAGGACAAACUGAUAUUCAAGAGUGUCAACAGCUUAUUCCUACUCUGUGACAAGGCAUUGGCAGAGUCAAACAAGGCGUCCCCACUUUGCUCCAAGAAGAUAUUCCAAGGAUGCAGAGAUGUAUUUGAUCUGUUCAGGAUCAUGUAUUUAAAGUAUCACAAGGCCAAGCUUGUUGUACCUCUUAUGGCCUGUCUAUACUAUAACAGUUGUUUAUUCUUGGCGCGAUGUUUACUCAUUCCCUAUGAGCUUCGAUUAGGAGUACAACAACAGGACAACAAGACAUUAUUCACAUUCGUAGACUACGCACCAUUGUUCACUACACAUUCCAAAGAGUUCUUUAAGAAGUAUCUCGGCGACCAGAUGGCCAGUAUCCUGGCAUACUACGAUCAGUGCAAUGAAUUGGACAACACCAAAGAGGACUCUGUAAUGAGCAACACAGAGUUGAACUUUAAACGAAUGGUCAAUGAAAUAACAAAGCUUUCAUCAACAUGGAAGUUGGUGUUUCCACGCGAGGACUACUUUGGCCUGAUCGCACACUUUGUGGACCGAAUCCUAUCAACCUUCAUUGAGCUAGUCUUGAAGCUGGAGAAUAUAUCCUCUUUAGAGACAUCCAGACUUAGCCAACUCUGUUCAUUAUUCCUCUCCUUUGAACAACUUUUCCUCUAUCAAGGUGAAUCAGAGGAUUUGGCCAAGGACCGUGUGAAGUUGGUACACAGUUGGAAGAAGUUCUGGCAACUCAACAAGGUGUUGGAUGUGACACUGGCAGAGAUAGUGGCCAUGUACAACAAGAAACAGUUGAAGAGGUUGUCCAACAAGGAGUUGGAACUGUUGGUCAGGAGUAUCUUUGCAGAGUUUGAUCUGCGUACCACUUUCCUCAAGACACUGGCAUCAAACAGAGUCAAUCAGUAG